GGCUACGGCAAUUAACGACAUUCGUUGCAACGCUCACGUAAACUCCCAGUGUCGUAAUGAGUCAUGUUACAUGCCAUGAGUAUCCUCAGUAGCACAUCAAACCUGACUGCGCAUGUGCGGGGGAGACCCUCUUCUUUACCUUAUCUCUUGACGACACCCAAUGGUUAUAUUACUUAAAACCAAAUGCGGAGAUGCGUACCAAGCAACUGGCUAAGAACUCCUUUGUACGUCGUCUAUUCCACGACUACCAGCUAUCUACCGGCUAUCGGACUUUUGACACAACUAUGUCAUACUUUGUUGUUGUCUAGGCCUUUUAUGCACGUACUCAUCCAUGUUAUUUCCUCCCACUCCCUCGUAAUACCCUAUCCCCAAGUUUAUGAGCUAAUGUUAGAGCUGAUACCCGGUCAAACGGCGAGUGGAGUACUGAUACGACAGUAGCUAAGUCUUAAUCUUGAGGCUGGCAUGUGUACCCGACAUAUAUAUUUUACGGAAUAGUGGAGUUGUGAAUCCGGCGUGGGACGGUUCGAAAGCCGAGAACGGGCAAAUAGGAAGAUAAAAGGAGCGAGUAUCCUGAUCACCGCUGCCCCCCAUGAUAUGCCUACUCUUUAUUUGUCUUCUAAUGAGAUCUGCCUUGCAUCGAACUGGCAUUAGAUCGUUGACUGUUUUGAGGAUCUAAAUGAAAGGCAUCUUAAAUACGUGAGUUUUUGCGUUCGAUUUCCAUGGAAAAGAUACUCGCGAAAGGACUCAGCCGGGUCCAAGACAUAGCUGAUGCAGUCAAGGCCGCCAGCUACCAUUACGCGGUCAGGACGAAGACAUCUUGGAAUUCUCUGUCAUUAAAUGAAGAUGUCCACAAACCUAUUGCGGCGCUGCUCAUUGCACUCCUAGCUUUGGCGACGGCGGUGACAAUUGUUAUUCGUAAGCGAGUGCAUAAAGGUUCUCCCACGAGGCCAAUAUCUCCUACAACACCUCGCCUUGAGAAAGGGGAGCUCCGAAAAUUUGGGAAAUGGAUACCCUCAGACUUCCGCAUGCCUAAGCCAGAGGCAUAUCCGGAUUGGUCGGUCGAGAACACAAAGCCCCUUCCAUAUAGGCCAUUUCGCUACGGGCCGAAAUACAACGUAACAAUGGGGCUUCGGACAUUGAAACAUGAAGACUGGAUUGAGCUCGACAAUCACUUCCCGCGCUUUCAUGCCGACAAAGCUAGAAGAAUUGCAGAGCGUGGAGCUAAGUUAUGUAUGACUGCACCAGAGGCAUAUCCAGCAGCAGUCGAGCUCCUGGAAGAACUCACGGAGUACUUACCGGCACGAUAUCCUUCGCUGUAUAAGCGUACAGGAGUAGGCUUGGACAAUCUGUGGUCUGGCGAGAGCUUCAAUAUCGUUACGCGACCACUUCCCGAGGAUCCUAUGCAAAUGUGUGCGCGUCUCAUACAAGACGACCUUGCCAUAAUGGUCGAAAAGCCCGAUGGGCAAUACUACCUACUUGCAGGCUGCAUAGUACUGCCUGGAUUCUGGCGUCUCAGCGAUAAAUUCGGUAUGCCUCUGUCGGAGAUUCACACGUCGGGUGCCGUUCCGCAGUAUAAGGAGAAGCUAGAGAAAGGUAUGAUGAACCUAUUUCGGCGCCUUAAGCCAGAGGAGAUGGUAGGGCGCCACAACUACUUCUUCCAGGUGGAUGACGACCUUGGUUGGUCCUGGAGCGUCGGCCCCGAGGACGGGGACGUCAAUGGAAAAGUGGGUUGGAAUACAGCUGAGAAGGGCCGGGUUAUUGACCACCACUACUUCCGGUCAGAGAGACAGACGCUUCGGCGCUUGCCGAAAAGCGGCGGCGUAGUGUUCACGAUUCGAACAUAUUUCCACAAGAUCACAGAGGUUGCGGAGGAAGACUAUGUCCCAGGAAGACUGGCCAGUGCUGUGAGGAGCUGGGGAGAUGAUGUGAGUCGUUAUAAAGGCAAGGAAAAGUACGGCGACGUCCUAUUAGAGUUUCUUGAUAAGAAACAUGAGGAGCAAGUUGCGAGAGGCUUGGACCUCAGUCGUGAAAAUGAAGUCAGAGCCUACCCGUAUUGAAGAGAGCCGUAGUGAGAGCCUUCAAAGGUAGAGAAGAUGAUACACCUAGGUAUCUGUAUAGUUGCAGGUGUAUUCAAGUGUAUGCAUGUAAUUACGUAAUAAUGUCUCUUAGCUAAAUGAAUUGAGCUAGUUAUGCAAGUA